AUGUACGAAGACUUGAAGAACAAAGAAGGAAUAAAUCAGAAGCAGGUCUAUGAUCUGAUAAUGUCUGUCCGUCUGCCGGCCCUUCCGUCCCGCUGGGAUGGGGCAGACGAGGUGCUGGAAGCGACGUCCAGGCACGAGAGUGGUUUUGAGGGUGGUACAGGUCACUGGGUGCUACGGGUAAGGGAGGGCGAUGCUGUCCUUGUCAGGUGUACCGUGGAUGACCGGGUCACACGGGUAGCAUGGUUGAACCGCAGCACCAUCCUCUAUGCCGGCAAUGACAAGUGGUCUAUAGACAACCGCGUGGUCAUCCUCUCCAACACCAAGACCCAGUACAGCAUCAAGAUACACAACGUGGACAUCUACGAUGAGGGCCCCUACACCUGCUCCGUGCAGACAGACAAUCACCCCAAGACUUCGCGCGUCCAUCUCAUCGUCCAAGUUCCCCCUCAGAUCGUCAACAUCUCGUCGGACAUCACCGUGAACGAGGGCAGCAGCGUGACCCUCAUGUGCUUGGCCUUUGGGCGACCGGAGCCCACUGUCACGUGGCGGCACCUCUCCGGGAAAGGGCAGGGCUUUGUGAGCGAGGACGAGUACCUGGAGAUCACGGGCAUCACGCGGGAGCAGUCCGGGGAGUACGAGUGCAGCGCCGUCAACGACGUGGCCGUCCCGGACGUGCGGAAAGUCAAAGUCACCGUCAACUACCCGCCGUACAUCUCGAACGCCAAGAACACGGGCGCGUCGGUGGGACAGAAGGGCAUCCUGCAGUGCGAGGCCUCGGCCGUCCCCGUCGCGGAGUUCCAGUGGUUCAAGGAGGACACCAGGUUAGCGAACGGGCUGGAGGGCGUGCGGAUCGAGAGCAAGGGCCGCCUGUCGACACUGACCUUCUUCAACGUCUCGGAGAAGGACUAUGGCAACUACACGUGCGUGGCCACGAACAAGCUGGGCAACACCAACGCCAGCAUCAUCCUGUACG